AUGAGUCAAUCAAACCCAACUGGUGAUAUAAUCAGUAGAGAGACUAUAAUUCUCUCAAAAGUGGAUGACUAGAAAGAAGACAUUCCUGAGAAAGGAAACCUUGUUGAGUUAGCAGAUAAUAUUGCAGAUAAAAUUAGUUAUGGAUUUGGCACUAUAUCAGAGAAGAUUCAUGAUUUAUUCCUUGGAAGUAAUAAUAAUAUCCAAACAAAAGAGUAAUCUGAGAAGAGUACUACUGAGACAACCUCAUCUUCCUAUCACCAAACUGAUGAAGACUUGAAAUUUGUAACCAAAUUUCCUAAGUAAAACCUAUACGAGGGUCUUGAGAAUUAGAAUAUUAAAGACAUGCACCUACCAAUGCAGAAUAGUCUUAGUAUGCUCAGUCAUUUGAAUCCUGAGUUAUAGCCUAUCCUUAUGGACUAGAAAGCUUUCAAUAAAAGACAUGAACAUCCCUAUUAUGAUAUUGAGUUCAAGAAUUUGGAGUAAAAGUACAUUAAUGAAUUCGAUACUUAGAAGUAAUAAUUGAAGGUAGAGUCUCUUGAAAAGAAUGAUAGGAGAUUUCCGAUUACAUUCGAUUAGAGAGAAUUUGUUCAUGAUACUCUAUUCGAUAAAAACCAAAAAUCAUUUUCAAGAUUGUUUAAAAAUUCAAUGGAUUGGAAAAGAAGACCUACCAGAAAGCAUGAAUCAAAAGAGCUAGAUAAAUUAGUAACUUAAGACUUACUUGAAGGUAAUAGAAUUGGAUAGAAUUCUGAGUAGACUGCAACUAAGUCCAAAGAUGCCAGUAAGAUAACUAAAGAUUUAAAAGGGCUUGAUUAAAAUUUGGUUGAAUAAUAGGAAAAAAUAACCAUUAAAGAAGAUGAAAUCAAAUAUGAGGUCAAGUUCAAGAAAAUUCCUUUUAAAGGCAGAAAGUCAAAAAAAGGUUCUAAAAGGCAUCCUUCUCAUUGGUCCACAGACUAGUAAAUAUCGGCUUUAGAUGAAGAACUUAAAGUCGAGGAUUGGUAAGACAGAAGUUUUCCAUAGUUGGGUAUAAGCUUAAGGCAAGGCUUAGAAUAAAGAAAAAUAGAGUCAAAAGUAUUAUAAUUUAAUGAAUUAAGGGAAGAAGUUAAAUUAAAUUAGGAGAAGCCUGAAGAGCCUGCUAAACCCUCUAAUUUCGUCGGAAUGUAUUAAUGA